AUGAGAUCACUUUCUUAAGUUUGUAUCACUGAAAAUUCAGAAAACAUCGAAAAGUAUAUCUUCAAACCAAAGAAAGUAAUCACGUUGAUCUCAGAAUCACCUGCUCUCACCAAACGAUACAGUCAAUAGGCCAUGGUUAUUGCAUAGGAUUCGCCUCCAAAAAAACAUAAAACUUGUAGCAGUGAGAUUCCCUUGAGCAAUGGAAAGAUGUUCUUGAAGGAUGGCAAGAUCUCAUUCCUGAAGCAAAUGUUACCCAAACUGGAGUUACCUUAAGCAAAAUGUAAAUUUGACCCAAAAACUGAAAUCCUCAAAUGGAUACAAACAAAUAAGAUUAAUUCUCCUCAAAAAAAGAGAAUCACCUUCAGGGCAAUUAAAGAAUCGAAUGGUUAAAACAGAAAAUCAUAGAUCUUUUGA